GUCAAUCCUCGGGUGUGUUGUGAGGGUUGUUCCGCGACAUUAUAAACUUUACUUCUCAUUGCUAAUUGGACCUUGUUGAAAAUUCCUCAAAUAAUAUCUAUAUAAAGUUUUAAAAUUAUUACGACUGCAAGAUGAUGAAGAUCCAUCUAUUAUUAAUGGGGUUGUGCAGCCUCAUUGCUGUGGCAGUGGCCAGUGACUGUAAACAUGCACAGACCUGCUCAGCCUGCAUCCAGACUCCCAACUGUAUUUGGUGUGGCAAGCCUGGGGAAUUCAGCAGCUCAGAGCAGUCCUUGCUGCGCUGCACUGACAGGGCUGGCAGUGCUCUGGAUGAGUGGACGGCUCAGUGUGGCAAGGAUAACAUUUAUGCUCCAGAGAAUUUUUACAGGCUUGUACUGGAUAAAGAGCUUGCGAUGGCUGGAGUGCUUGCUGGUAGCGGUGGUGCUGGAGCUGCUGGUGGUGCACAUGGCUCCCACAACCAGAGUCUCAUACAAAUGCGUCCUCAAAACAUUGCCCUACAGCUUAGAGUCCGCGAAAGUCAGUCCCUUCAGGUGACAUUCCGCCAGGCUGAGGACUAUCCUGUGGACUUGUAUUAUCUCAUGGACCUUUCCAAGAGCAUGGAGGAUGACAAGGAUUCCUUGUCAGCCCUGGGCGCCACUCUGGCUGAGGAGAUGCAGAAAAUUACCCGUAAUUUCCGGCUUGGUUUUGGCUCCUUUGUAGACAAGGUUGUCAUGCCUUACGUCAGCACUGUCCCAGAGAAGCUGAUUGCUCCGUGCAAGGACUGUGCUCGUCCUUAUGGCUUCCGGAAUGCUCUCAAACUCAACGAGAACGCCUCGUCAUUUGUGGACCAAGUACGCAACGCUCCUGUGUCUGGUAACUUGGACGCCCCCGAGGGAGGCUUUGACGCCAUCAUGCAGGCCAUCAAGUGCAAGUCUCAGAUCGGGUGGCGCGACAACGCCCGCCACCUCCUCCUCUUCUCCACCGAUGCAGGCUUCCACUACGCCGGUGACGGCAAGGACCAAGUACGCAACGCUCCUGUGUCUGGUAACUUGGACGCCCCCGAGGGAGGCUUCGACGCCAUCAUGCAGGCCAUCAAGUGCAAGUCUCAGAUCGGAUGGCGCGACAACGCCCGCCACCUCCUCCUCUUCUCCACUGAUGCAGGCUUCCACUACGCUGGCGACGGCAAGCUGGGCGGUAUUGUGAAACCCAAUGACGGGGAGUGCCACCUGGACCAGGAGGGCAUCAUGUACACGCACUCCACCCUGCUGGACUACCCCUCCGUGGCGCAGGUAGGCUGCAUGUACACACACUCCACCCUGCUGGACUACCCCUCCGUGGCGCAGGUAGGCUGCAUGUACACGCACUCCACCCUGCUGGACUACCUCCGUGGCGCAGGUAGGNCUGAGUACAGUGUGAAUAUUGUGACUGAGUACAGUAAAAUCACGAGUAAAGUGGAGCUGAAGGACAACGCAACAGCACCUGUGCACAUCCGCUACUUCUCGCGCUGCAAGGGCGGCCCCGAAGUGGAGACGUCCGUGUGUGAUAACCUCCAUGUCGGCGACCAGGGAUACGUGCCGUCGUCUGAUGUGUGCGGAGGACACGGCACCUACCAGUGCGGGGUGUGCGCUUGUGACCCCAACUACCUGGGCCGCCACUGCGAGUGCGGCUUCGACACGCCCCUCGGAUCUGGCGAGGUUGACGACUCCUCCUGCAAGGCUACCAACACAUCCAAGAUCUGCAGUGGCCAGGGAUCCUGCAACUGCGGCGAAUGCGUCUGCAAUGAGCGAGACAAUCUUGAUGAGGUGAUCAGCGGCAAAUAUUGUGACUGCACGAACUUCCUGUGCGACCGCCACGACGGCGAGCUGUGCAGCGGCCCGGCGCACGGCACGUGUGUGUGCGACAAGUGCAUCUGCAGGCCAGGCUGGACUGGCGACGCCUGCCAGUGCAUGAACAGCACCCAGGACUGCAUCAACCCUGACACGGGCGUGGAGUGCUCUGGCAACGGCAAGUGUGAGUGCAAUCAGUGCAAGUGUUUUGAGGCGGAGGGCGGCCGCUAUUCCGGCAAGUGGUGUGAAGACUGCCCGCUGUGCGGUCUCGAGUUCCAAUGCUCGGACUUCAAAGAGUGCGUCGAGUGCCGAGUGUUCGAGUUCGGCCCUCUCAUGGAGGAGCCCGGGGCCUGCGACCGAUGUUCUCUGCUGUACAGCGAGUACACCAGCAGGCUCGUUGCCAACUACACCAUCAACGUCACUGACUGGGUUGAAGAACAAGAAGGCGAGAAGCUGUGCCGGUUCUUCGACGAGAACGACUGCCGCUACACAUUCGUCUACGGCUACGGCGAGAAUAAGGAGCCUAUCGUGCGCGUCCAGCAGACACUCGAGUGCCCUCCCAUCUUCGAUAUCCUCGGCAUCGUGCUGGGGGUGAUCGGCGCGAUCGUGGCGGUGGGGCUGGCGCUGCUGCUGAUGUGGAAGGUGCUCACCACGAUACACGACCGUCGCGAGUACGCGCAGUUCGAGAAGGAGAGGAUGAUGGCCAAGUGGGAUACGGGAGAGAACCCGAUCUACAAGCAGGCCACCUCCACCUUCAAGAACCCCAUGUACGGCGGCAAAUAGAUCUGAAGCGGCCAUCCCAGGCAUGCUACGCUGGUCAGACAUCAUCUCCUACAGUGCUGGGGUCAAAAAUUUUUUCCCCACUCAAAAAUUCUCAUUUUUACAUACUCCAGAGACGACUCCAUACGGCGUAAUCAUUCGAAUUUCCAACUUUAUCGAUCAUUGCCCAUGGUCGAGAUGACUGAGUAGCAUCGUACUGCAUUCUAAUUCACUUGUAUUAUUUCUAAUGUGAAUUACUGAGUUUAUUGACUGCGCACACGAAUUUUUUUGUUCACUUUUCGUGCGUGGCGCGCAAUCGUUAUGCCUGUGUACGAAGACAUGCUCGCUGCACAGUUGACUGCCGCAUCCAUGUAUGGAUUCCGACGGGGCCAGAUUUUCUUCAACAAUAAUGGCCAUCUGAAAUUCCGGUUUCUAAACGCCGAUUAUCAGGAUUUAUUUGAAAGUCUUGUGAAACUCCCUUCAUUUGAAAGUUUGAGACUCCCUUCAUCUCAGUUUGGUUGUCCUCCAGAGUAAUGAUUUGUCAAUCUUUACUUCUCUAAUUUCGAAUGUCUCAAAUAUUUGUCACAUUUCUUAAUUAUGAACCUGGUGCUGUUUUUUAACUCAAUACGAAUAUGUGGUUACAAUGAUUGGACUUCAUCUCUUUAAACUCCAUUUCAUUGAACAUUAAUUUUUUAUCUUAUAUGCAAGCUUAUAAAUGUACCAUUUUGUUUUAACUUCUUUGCAAUAGAUUGUUAGUCGUUAAGUGGGUGAGCUGACUGAGGCUAGUGCCAAGUUGCCUGUUAUUUAAAUAAGCUCAAAUAUUUUAGCUCAAACUUCAUCCGAGCACCGACCCCCAAAACGCCUCAGCCUAAAGAUCCUCCUGGCUCUCUGCCUUCUGGUAGGUUUAUAGUAUUUAGUACUUACGAACUUAGUUCAAGAUGGUAAUAUCUGAUAGCUAUCACUUGCAUCUUGCUUGUAGAUCAGGCGCCGUCCAAACUAUUUCAUCUCCCGGAGGAUUUUUAUGACUAUCGAAGAUUUGCUGAACAGGUUUUGUUGCGUGUAGUGCAAUCUGAGGCCUGGUAUUUUUAGAAGUAAUGUAAGGAUUCAAACUUUUUACACUUCGCUCCACACUCAGAUCUUCCGUCUCAACGUGCCAACGCUUCCAGUUCCCUGAGAGCUCCAUCAAGUGCCUGCCUCCUUCCAAUUCUUUUCUUGCUAGUUGUAUUGAGCGAUCUUAAACAUUUUUCAAUCGUGCACAUACUAGUACAUCAAACAAUUGGAAUCGCAAUGGCGUACCAAUCAAUUUUAGGGUUUCUCCAAAGAAAAAUUUAUGUAAUUCCUCGACAGACGACUGAAGGAAGGAGCUGAGAAUUUAUGAAGCUCGAUAUUGUUGAAAGCACUUGUUCCCUAUACUCGGUCCCUCUUUAUGACGAUCUUUUGCUAAAAUUAAUACAUGUGUAAAACAUGUGCCUGAGCUCUCAAUCUGCCACUCGAAUGAUGUAUUGUAUUUUGACCCCUGAUCUUGAGUAAAUUUUAUGGGAUGGUAUAUCCUCGUUGUUAUAAAGCAACACUUUUUUGCUGCAGUCGGUGUUGUGGGACACACAAAUAUUUUAUGCAGCUUGUGGAAAUUCGUCUAUUUCUUCUGAGUGCCCUUUUCUCUUGUGUAUUACAGCAUUGCCUCGUGCAUCGUAGUUCCGCUUGACAUGCCUUCUUAACUUAACCAAAGUCUAACUUAGCUCUAUGACACUAAUGCCAUUUACUUAUACCACUUCGCCUGUAUUGUAUUUUACAUAAGUAUUGUAAGUCCUGCUUGUGAAUGUUUAGAGUUGGACUGCGUUUGGUGUGUUCGCGAUCUCCUAAGAACAAAUCGAUGCCAUCCAUUGUUUCAUGUGCCUUGAGAUCAACUUAAUCCGACUAGCGAUGUUUCUUCACUGUUUUAUUACAUACACGGAAGCAGUUUCUCCUCCGUAUUAAGAAAGCUGCACAUUUCAAUGAAAUAUUUUCUGAUUGUUUUUGCAACUCGUUUCUGUGUUGACUAGGUUGUCGUGCCUGAAUCUUUCCUUAUAUGAUUCAACGCUGCCUAUCAGUAGAUGCUUCUCUGCUUCUCAAAUUCUCGUUUUUCUGCAAGAUUCUCGUCAAAUGAUCUAGUUGAAUUUUGUUAGUUUUUCAAAUAGAUAUUGCGCAUGUGUUGAAAAGUAUGUGUGCCGCUGUCUGCGGUUCUUGCAGAUGUGGAUUGGUUGUUAGCAUGUCUCUCAGAACAUCACAGCUCCACCAAACAAGGUCAAUCUUCUUAUCUAUAAAUACUUAUUAUUUACCUAUCAAAAUUGCUAAAAUUGUGAAAACUUGUUCGCACGUAAAAGAGAAACAUAACUUAUUCGCACGUAAAUGAGAAAAAAAGUCAUCCCCGCCUAGUGCAAGUGCCUUUCUUCGUAAACUCGUGAAUGUUAGUUAGGCUGUAGUCCUCGCAGCAAACCAAAGAUUUUUUCCGAGCCACAUUUUUUAAAAAUUGUUGGAAGAUUUAAUUUAAGAACAUUACAAUUACUAUGACAUGGAAGAAGAUUUAUUCAUCAUCAAUUAUCUAUCACUUUAAAUUUUACAGAAGCUCAGCUGAAAGACUUUGGUCGGCCUGCGUAUUGUUGUGUAGCUGGUAGUAAGCGGCGCGUUCUUUAUAGAAAUUUUCAUUCUCCCGAUUCUUGUGUUCAAACUUGAGCAGCUCACGAGCUUUACAGUUAGAGGAUUUAUGCGUCUUAUAGUCAGCUUUUAAAUGUGCGUCGUUACUUGCAGUGUAGGCACUUCUUAAGUUUACCUGCCCUUGGUUGUUCAGUAGACUGCGAUUUCUUGUCUUCCUUCUGCUGCUUCGUUGUGUAUAGUAGAACUUAGGCGGUUAGCUCAUUAAGAUGUUUUUAAUAAUAAUACUUACGAUCGAAAUGUCAGUGUUUUCUCAUUGUUUCCAUUAACAGAAGUCUUGUUUAUGUUACUAAUUAAGCCGAUUUUCAUUGCAGUUUCAGCGAUUGACUUUAACAGUGUAAAUGCAAGGCCGUCAAGCGUAGUAAUUAUUGUAUUUCUUGAACGUCUGUUAAAUGAGAUAAGCUGCGGCCUGGUUGAUCUGUCCUGCUAGCUUUCAUUUACAUUGCUAAUUGAUUCAUCGUAACUUGUGAAGGCAUUUUAAUGCGAACGUAUAAAUCUAUUCAUCA